CACCCUCCCCCCUUCAUUCUCGGCUUCUCGCUCGUCGCCGUCUUGCCGCUAGCCUGUCUCACCUCGCGGCCGGCAGCCUUGCGCGACGCGCCGCGCUCUUUCACAUUCAAAAUUAUUCGCAAUCGCAACCAUUGCAAAAACUCUCUGUGCAAUAAAAUACUUAAUAUUUCGAUGCGUUCACAAUUAGUUUUAAAACAGAGAGGUUGUUAAAAGUUAACAAAGAAAUUAAGUGCCUUUUAAAACUUUGAAUGCACUCCUCGUUGCAUGUCCCGCGCGCGUCGUUAUGAGAACCCCGUACUGGCGGUCACGUUGACGUCGCGCCGCCAUAUCUGUCUCGGCCACCAACUAGCAAAAUUAAUAGGCUCAAAAAUUGUGUCACUUCACUAGAAGAAUGCAAUGACCCGCGCAUUCGCUUUUUGAAAUUUCACCUUCACCCGGAUGGAAUGAGGAGUGCACAAUCCCAUUGUUUCACAGUUUCAUAUGUUUGAACAUCAUUUGUUUUUUUGUUUUUCGGACGAUUAGAGAGUUAUCAUUUUCUUCCAAAAUUACAAAAAUUACGAAAUAAAGAAUGGCGGAGGGCAAUGGAGAAAUACCCAUUGAAGAGGUACCUGGGAAGGACUCCGAUGUUGGCCGAACACCGGAUUACCGCAAACUCAUUGACUAUGGCUUGGAUCCUAAGGUAGCAGCCAAGCUCGACGACAUUUAUAAGACUGGAAAGCUAGCGCACGCCGAACUGGAUGAACGUGCGUUAGAUGCCUUAAAAGAAUUUCCAUCCGACGGUGCUUUAAGUGUUCUUGGACAAUUUUUAGAUUCAAAUCUCGAGCAUGUAUCUAAUAAAAGUGCUUAUUUAUGUGGAGUCAUGAAGACCUAUAGACAGAAAAGCAGGGCGGGUGUACAAGGUGCGCCCGCGUUGUCUUCCACUGUCCAGGUGAAGGGCCCCGACGAAGAGAAGAUCAAACAAAUAUUGGCCCGGACCGGGUACACGUUAGAUGUUACCACAGGGCAGCGUAAGUACGGCGGGCCGCCGCCCGGCUGGGAGGGCGGCACGCCGGGCGCCGGCUGCGAGGUGUUCUGCGGCAAGAUCCCCAAGGACAUGUACGAGGACGAGCUCAUCCCGCUGUUCGAGCGCUGCGGCGUCAUCUGGGACCUGCGCCUCAUGAUGGACCCCAUGACGGGCACCAACCGCGGCUACGCCUUCGUGACGUUCACCACGCGCGAGGCCACGCAGCGCGCCGUGCACGAGCUCGAUAAUCACGAAAUAAAACCAGGGAAGACUCUGAGAAUUAAGAUUAGCGUACCGAAUCUACGACUUUUCGUCGGCAACAUUCCCAAGUCUAAAGGCAAAGAGGAGAUACUGGAAGAGUUUGGUAAAUUAACAGCUGGGCUCGUCGAAGUUAUAAUAUAUAGUUCGCCCGAUGAUAAGAAGAAAAAUAGAGGAUUUUGUUUUUUGGAAUACGAGUCUCACAAAGCGGCGUCUCUAGCUAAACGUAGACUGGGCACAGGUAGAAUAAAGGUAUGGGGCUGUGAUAUAAUAGUGGACUGGGCGGACCCACAAGAGGAACCGGACGAGCAAACAAUGAGCAAAGUGAAGGUACUGUACGCGCGCAACCUGACGCAAGAGAUAACUGAAGACGCACUGAAAGAAGAAUUCGAGCGUUAUGGAACUGUGGAACGCGUUAAGAAGAUUAAGGACUACGCGUUUGUGCACUUCGAGGAUCGGGAUUGUGCAGUUAAGGCGAUGCAAGAGCUAGACGGCAAAGAAAUGGGCGGCGCGCGACUUGAAGUGUCGCUCGCCAAGCCUCCCUCCGACAAGAAGAAGAAGGAAGAGAUACUGCGCGCGCGCGAGCGGCGCAUGAUGCAGAUGAUACACGGCCGCGGCGGAUUCGAUUGGUGCAGCUGCUCGCCGGUGCUGCGCGGGCGCACGCCGCAGCCGCAGCCGCGCCCGCCUCAGGCGCGCGGCGACUACGAUUAUGAUUACGACUAUUACGGGUACGGUGAUUACCGAGGUGGCUACAAUGAGCCAUUUUACCGGUACGAUGAGUUCUAUUUUGAUUACGCGGGGCCACCGCAACCGUCCGCCGUCCGCCAGCCUCCCAACAGACCGCAACCGGACGACGAGCUCGGUCUCGGGCCCAACUCGCUUUACUACGAUCUAACCGGAGGCAUUCAGGCUGGGUCAUGUGGGACGGGCGGGCGAUGGGCGCGGCGCGCGGCGGCGGCGCCGGCCCCCGCGGCUGGGGCCCGUGGUGGUGCGCGCCGCGUCGCGCGUGGCCGCCGCACGCCCAGCGCCAUGCGUGGCAAUCCCCGCGCCAAGCCAAGUUUACCAGGUAAACGUAAACACGACGGGGGCCACCAGAACGUCGGGGGGGAGUGCAAGCGGCGGGUGGGCGCGGGCGGGUGCGGCGCGGGCGCGGGCUGGGGCGGCGGCGCGCUGGCGCAGCAGCCGCUGGCCAGCUAG